GGAGCGGGGCGGGCGCAAGGGGGGUUGUGGUGGCCCGCGGCGCGCGCACAGCAGCGGGUGCAGCCGCCGCCGCCGUUCGCCUCAGCCGCAGCAGCGCUCGGAGCCGCCGCCCGCCCGCUCGCCCUCCUCCUCCUUUUUUCUCCUUCUCCUCCCAUCGCCGCCCUUCCUCCUCCUCCUCAUCCUCCUCCCGCAGCCUCCUCGCCCUUCCCCCGGCCCUCGCGAAGAUGGUGGACCGCGAGCAGCUGGUGCAGAAGGCCCGGCUGGCCGAGCAAGCUGAGCGAUACGACGACAUGGCGGCCGCCAUGAAGAACGUGACAGAGCUGAACGAGCCUCUGUCCAACGAAGAGCGGAACCUCCUGUCCGUCGCCUACAAGAACGUGGUGGGGGCGCGGCGCUCCUCCUGGCGAGUGAUCAGCAGCAUCGAGCAGAAAACCUCUGCUGAUGGCAAUGAGAAGAAGAUUGAAAUGGUCCGUGCCUACCGUGAGAAGAUCGAGAAGGAGCUGGAAGCCGUUUGCCAGGAUGUGCUGAGCCUGCUGGACAACUACCUGAUCAAGAACUGCAGCGAGACGCAGUACGAGAGCAAAGUCUUCUACCUGAAGAUGAAAGGGGACUAUUACCGCUACCUGGCUGAAGUGGCCACGGGUGAGAAGAGAGCCACCGUGGUGGAGUCUUCAGAGAAAGCUUAUAGUGAAGCCCACGAGAUCAGCAAGGAGCACAUGCAGCCUACCCACCCCAUCAGGCUCGGGCUGGCCCUUAACUACUCCGUUUUCUACUACGAGAUCCAGAACGCCCCCGAGCAGGCCUGUCACCUGGCCAAGACGGCUUUCGACGACGCCAUCGCCGAGCUGGACACCCUCAACGAGGACUCCUACAAGGACUCCACUCUCAUCAUGCAGCUCCUCCGUGACAACCUAACGCUCUGGACGAGCGAUCAGCAAGACGACGACGGCGGUGAAGGCAACAACUAAAAACAAACCCCCCCUCGGAUGGACUGGCAGCCGCACGCUGAUGCUAACUACUGCAGUCUUUUUUUUUUCCCACGAGUUGGGGUUUGGGGGGGGGGGUCAGGGGUGGGGGAGGGGAAAUGGGGAGGGGUCACCUUCCCCCAGGGAGGCCCCCCACAACCUGUCUUUGAUUGCCUCGUUGACAUUUUUGCCAAAACACCACUAGUGGAAGUCAGGCUGGCUGUGCUGGUAUGGAAUAGCAGCCUCACUGGCAUAUGGACUGUUCUGUAGAUUAUUAAUACAAGUGGAGCUGUCUUUAAUUUAACUUUAUCGCUAGAAAUAAAAGGGUUUUAAGACGAAUUUGCGUGGAUGGAAUGGCCCUCGUUUUUAAGGAAAGCAAUGCAAAACAGAAAAAAAAGGAAAAAAAAAAAAAGAAAAAAAGAAAAAAAAAAAAAAAGGGAGUUCUGUGGUUCCAGUAAGGCUUUGUGUGUCUGUUCCCUCAGUCCAAGUGCUGUGUGUCCCUCACAACAGCACAGGGCACCUCUCUCUGCAGCGCUCUGCCCGCCAGGGCGUAGCUUCCAAUCCCCCCAAAUUGAGAAGGAAUUAAAAAGGAAAACAAUCUUAAAGAAUUUGGGGCUUGCAAAGCCCCAGGAUUUAGGCCAUCCAAUCUCUUGGGGUUUUGUUUUUUUUAGGUUUGGGGUUUUUUCUUUUUUGUUUUCUUUUUGUGAAGAUCUUUCUUAGGGUCACUUACAGUAUUAACACUAAAUUGCAGUUUACAGUAUUUCUACAUUACAGCCAUAUGACAUCAAGCCUUUGAUUGUCUGUUUUUUCUUUUUCUUUUUUCUUUUUUUUGGUGUUUUUUUUUUUUUUUUUGGCUUGCCUUCCUGAUCAGUCCUUGCCUGUGGACUGGCUUUAGCUAUUCUGUGUGGCCCAAGGCAAGAAGACUGCCCGCCCAAAGAACAUCAAAGCUGCUCUAGUUUUUUGGUCAACAGCUUAACAGGUGCUUGGCUAGCGGCUGUUUCAACUAUUUUAAGUCCACAGCAAAAAGGUUUAAGAACUUAAUUAGACAAGGGGGAAGUGUUUCGACUUCAAAAUGCCACUGAAAUAAAUAAUAAUAAUAAUAAUAAAAAAAAAUUAAAAAAAAAAAUUUAAAAAAAAAAAAAAAAAGAGCAUUCAGGUCUGUAUGUCAUGUACUGUGUUUGGUAUUUCAAAAGACCAUCCUGAUUUAAGGUGCCACAGCUGCUUCCUCAGGGAUUGCACUGCCAUUUCACUCUGCCUGACUUUCUCCCACUGUACCAUGAGGUUUGUCAGCAGAUCUCUGGCACCCGGGCUCCCUUGUUUGUCACCAGGGAAGCCAGGUGCCUUUUCCUUUCUCCUGGGGAAGCUUGUGGUGUAAUGAGUGAACUUCAGGAGCUUAGAAACUAAGUUGGUAGAGAAAUCCUCAAGGGAAGAGCUACAAUCAUAGACAUUUUUUUUUUUUUUAUCAACCAUCAGGAGCCCAGGAACUUAGUUCUCUUCUUAGCAAAAUCUUUCUGUCUGAUCCAGCUGGGGGUGGGAGAUGGGGCACCCGAGUUGCUUCACAGGUAAUAUUUACCCCGUUUUUGAGUAAACUUAGCUUUCUUUUUUUUUGGUUGGUUGGUUUUUUUCCCCCUUCUUUUUGCAUCCUUGUUGGAAGUUCACUGCAGUUCUCUGGCUCGCGGGGUGCUCUGCCCGUGGGGCUUUUCCCCUCCAGGCUGCGGAGUUCAGGAGAACCCACCUUGUGCAUUGCUCUUCAGUUUGGAAACCAGGCUUUCCCUCUUCCUUCCUCGUGCAUUGCUUUUUAUUUCAGUUUGGAAACCAGGCUUUUCCCUCUCCCUCCUGGAGCCAGCAGCCUCCCUGCACACCCAGAACCCCGCUGCACACCCAGAACCCCUCCUGCUGCCGCCUUUGCCUUGGGGAGACGCAGCUCCGCUUCCCACACCCACACCGAGCUGCACCCCGACUCCUCGGGGAGCCAGCAGAGCCCAGCUUGGUGUCCAGCCUCCAGGUAUGGCCCUGACAACGUUGGCAAAGCUUUUUAUUUUCCCCCUGGGAUGAUGAUGCCUUGGCACCCGGAGCCAUGCCCAGCCAGGUGUGCAGCAACCACAGUCCCGGUGCUGGUGGUGCCGGUGCCAUGGACUGGAAAAUUGCUUUAGGCUUCUUCCCUUUGAUUGACCCUCGUGUCCCGUGAGCAGUGUUGUCCCAGCUGUACCAUUUGGAAGUGAUUUACUGGAAUUACAAAACCAAUCUUUUUUUUUUUUUCUUUCUUUCUUCCUUUUUUUUUUUUUUUUUUUUUUUUUGUCUUCGUUUCUUUUCAGCUUUUGCUCUGGCUGCUUUAGGAAACAAUGCAGGAGAGAUGGCACAAGAGGGCUAAAAACAGAGUGGGGGUCAGGGACUUGAUUUUUAAGCAGCUUGAAUGGUUUCUUUCAUUUUUUUAAGAGAUGCACUUGCCUAUGAUACUGUCUCUCCAGUGAAAUGAUUACUGCUCCAUUACUCUAUUGAUACAAUAUUGUGCAUGCUAGUGUCGUAUUUCUAUACAGUAGCUUGAGAUUUAUUAACUUAUACUGUAGAUGUUAUGUAUUCCUAUGACAAAAUAGUCUUCAAAAAUUUUUUAAAGUUUUUAAUUUAUUUUUUUUUUUUCUUUUUUGGGGGUUCAAGUUUGCUCUACCAAAUAGUGAUCGUAACAAACUGAUCUGUUAAUGGAUGUUGCUAUAGUGACAUGCAAUUAUAUAUGAUUUUUUUUUUGUUUUGUUUUUAAAAAGAAAAAAAAAAAAAAAAAAAAAAAAAAAAAAGCAAAAGAAAACACCAGUGUUAGCUUAAUCUUAAUGUCUGGUGUUCGUCAUGGUGAAAUUAUAACUAUUACAGUGUAGGAGAACAAUGACUGUGUUCUUUGAAUGAGCCUUUGUUUGUGCUUUUUGUCAUGUUAUGCAGUGAACUAUUUUUAAGGUCUAAUCAGUGAUUAUUUUUCCAACUCCGUGUUUCUGUAAGGAAUUAUUUCACACACGGAACCAUUCUUAGCAGUUUUUCCUCAGUGAUGGAAUAUCAUGAAUGUGAGUCAUUAUGUAGCCGUCGUACAUUGAGCAAAUAAACUUACAGAUCUGACGUCA